AUGCGAGUCCUCGUUCGCCCCUCGAAUCCCACACCUCCAGUCCCACCACCGGAUCCCCCUCAAAAUGGUGUCGUCGUUGUGGGGUUUAUUGGAAGACGUCACGAGGACGUGGCCCAGCUUAUGAACCGAAUCAUUGACUCCAAUGUGGUCGGCUCGGGAAAUUUGGACAAGCCAUUCCGCAUCGAAGAUGAAAAGAAUAACGCGGAGAUAAAGAAAUGGUUGGAAAGCAGGAAAUUGAGUUUUUUUCAUGACGAGGACAAGGGAAUUCUGUACUUGCAGUUUGCCUCUGCUCGGUGUCCAGUAAUGGAUGGUUCGUUGGAAUCCCAGUUCGGGUUGGAUUCGGUUUUCGAGGACCAAGAGCUUGGGGAUCUUCAGGGGUUGCUCUUUAUGUUCUCUGUUUGUCACAUAAUUAUACUUAUCCAAGAGGGAUCACGCUUUGAUACUAAGAUUUUGAAGAAGUUUCGAGUGUUGCAAGCUGCUAAACAUGCAAUGGCUCCAUUUGUGAAAUCACAAAACAUGGAGCCAGUUACAUCUGGGUUACAUUCUUCAUCUUCACGAAUCUCUCUCUCUGGAGCAUCACCAAACAAUCCUUCUCCUUCUAAAAGCCGAGGCAUUUUAAAUCGUAAUGCUUCAACAAUCACACUAAUGUCCGGUUUAGGGUCAUACUCCGCUUUGCUACCUGGACAAUGCACUCCUGUUAUACUUUUUGUUUUUCUUGAUGAUUUUUCUGAUAUUCACGAAAGUGGUAAUCUGGAAGAGCAUACAGAGACCUCUUCAUUAAACCAGUCAUUAAGUUUGAAUAGUUUGGCUAGACCAACCAUGACCACGAAAGGAUCUGGGUCAGUUGUUGUGCUUGCAAGACCUGUAAAUAAAAUUGAGGGUGGACCAAGGAAGAAAUUGCAGUCAUCCCUAGAGGGACAGAUUCGUUUUUCAAUAAAAAAAUGUCGGACACUUUCGGGUUCUGAAACCAGCCAUGCUGGGUCAAGAAAUGGAGGCAUUUCUAGUUUGGCUCCUCUGUUUUCCCUUGACGCAUCAAAGGCUGUAGCACUUGUAGAUGUUUGUUUAAAUCAAAGCGGUGAAUCUCUUGAGUUUGCCAUUGGCAUUAUAGAAGAUAUAUUGAACGGGAAGAUGACUUCAGAUACUCUUUUGCUUGAAAGCCACAGCCAGAGUGCAAACAGAGAGGACAUUCUAUCUGUGAAGGAGUUCAUCUAUAGACAGUCUGAUAUCCUGAGAGGGAGAAGCAGCUUGGUCACUAGCACUACCAGUAGCUCAGCUGCUGGUGUUGGCAUGGUUGCCGUUGCUGCAGCUGCAGCUGCUGCCUCAGCCUCAGCUGCUUCUGGAAAAUCAUUCACUGCUCCUGAGCUUCCAAGUUUGGAGAUCUGGUUAUCUUCCUGUCAGCUUAUUCUACAUAGAAUUCUUUCAGCGAGACAUGGGUGUAAGGAUAAAACUGAAAUCAAUCCAUCCGGAGAAAAUGCACACAAAGCUUCGGAUCCUUUAGAGUCUGCAGUAUCUUAUUUGGAGAGUGGUAUAGGACUGAACACUAAGUUUUCCACUUCGUGGUGCCAAAAGGCUUUUCCAGUUGCUAAAGAGGUUUAUUUAAAUGAAUUGCCCCCUUGUUAUCCAAGUUGUCAGCACGAGGCUCAUUUGAAGAAAGCUCUGCAUGCAUUUAAUUCAAUGGUCAAGGGACCUGCUGUGCAGCUUUACCUGAAAAAAUUGGAGGAUGAAUGCACAUCCAUCUGGAGUUCUGGAAGGCAACUAUGUGAUGCAGUUAGUCUGACAGGAAAACCAUGCAUGCACCAAAGGCAUGACCAGAAAACGCUUUUGGAAGACGAUUUCAAGCCUCAUUCCAGUGGCUAUGUAUUCCUCCAUGCGUGUGCCUGUGGUCGUUCUAGGCGACUGCAACCAGAUCCUUUUGAUUUCGAAACAGCUAAUGUUACAUACAGUUGUUUUCCUGACUGUGAAAAGCUUCUUCCAGCCGCUCAACUUCCCCGAGCGAGCAUUAAAGACCCAAUUCAACCUUCAGCAUGGUGUUUGGUCCGAAUUGGGGGUGCAAGGUACUAUGAGCCUUCUAAAGGUUUAUUCCAGAGUGGUUUCUGUGCAACUGAGAAGUUUCUUAUGAAGUGGACUAUGUUUCUUGAGAAGCAAGAAGGCACAAAUCAUUCACCACGAAAUGUUUUGGAGCAAGUUUCCUUAAAUAGGUCAGGUAACAACAUAAAGGCUGAAGCUGUUGCAGAAGCAGAAACCAAGACGUCUGGUUCUGCUCAGUUGCAAACUGGUAGAAUACAAGGUGGAGGUGGAAUGCUAAAAAGGCCCUCUUCUGAUAAUAUCAAAGUUGAUGAUAAAGACAUCAGUUUUGGUAGAGGGUUAUCCAACUUCACAAUGAGAAAACCGUUUUCUGAAGUUGUUGCUGGAUCAGCUGCUACAAACUCUGGUUUUCCUCCACUUCUAUCGAGAAAACCACCUCUACCAGAUGCAGAAAAGGGUGUCAAGCAACAUGGUGCAAGAUACAGGGAUACGGAGAAAAUUAGUGGAACUGCUCAUAAUCAAGAAUCUCAAAAAGUUGACAAUACUCCUGCCACUGGUGAAUCACUGAAUGGUAAUGAGACUGUUGUUGAUGGAUAUGGAGCUGGUAAUCCAUCUUUAAUUGAAAGGAGCAAUGUAGUUCCUGUAAAUAUGAAUGGCAGCGACAAGGUUAAAGUGCCCACUCCUUUGAAGCAUGUCACUAUGUAUGUUGGGUUUGAACAUGAGUGCCCUCGUGGGCACCGGUUUAUAUUGACUCAAGAUCAUCUCAAUGAACUUGGUUCUCCUUAUGCAGUGCCUGAAAAGUCUGUUUUCCCUUCAACAGUGGGAAAUUCUGACCACAAAGAAGAUCCUGCAAAUUUGGGUAAAAUAGGUGGCCAUGGUAAAACACGGAGACCGUCAAAUGGGGUAGUUUCUGGUGGUAGCGGUAAGGCAAGAACCUUGGAGAAGUCAAAAGGGAGAGUAGCUAACCAACAAUUGUAUAAUGACAAGCAUAUGCAAUAUGCAAGACCACCAAAAGAGCACAUUGGCGUUUCAGCAGUUGCUGCUUCUGUGAAAGAUCUUGAAUCUAGCCUUCAACCUGCUGCUCUUGACGAUGGUGGAUGUGCCUUCUCAAUGUUGAAUAGAAGUUUACCGGUAUAUAUGAACUGUCCGCACUGCAAGGACUCAAUGAACAAGAAAGAUCCGUCCAAUAAUAAAUUUGCCAGUGCUGUUUCACAGCUGCAGAGGAUCUUUGUGGUCACACCGCCAUUUCCGGUAAUUUUGGCAGCAGGCCCAGUUAUACAAUUUGAGGCAUCGUGCUUACCUACCUCUGUUCUUGACCGUGAAAAAGAACUACAAUUCAGCAUGGGUUGUCAAAUGAUUUUGCCUCCGGAUAGUUUCCUCUCACUGAAGCUACCUUUUGUUUAUGGUGUACAACUGGAGGAUGGAAGUCUGCAUUCUCUUAAACCUUCUGAACAUCAACCGCAUAUGACUGCCUGGAUUACCAAAGGAACAACCUUGCAAGUCGUGUCGAAAAUCAGUCCUGAUCAAGGAAGACUGGUAUUAAAGGAAUCAGCAUCUGGAGUUUCCAACUUGAACCCGUUGAGUUUCAAUGGGUUGAAGCUUCAGCUUCAGAUUUUACUCGAGGCUACUGGUAGCAAGUUACCGUAA